GCCACUCUUCCGAUUUUGCAAAAGAAAGCGAUCUGCGACCCCGGAGAAAUUACUUCCCCCAAGAGCCCACCGCCCGGGGUACAAACUACUCACCGGGCGACAGCCCUAGGAGACUACAGAGAAAGGAGGAGGAGGUGGCUCUGCGGGGAACAGGGAGGGACCUCCUGGGAAACGAAACUGAAACUUUGCAGCUUGUGUCUCUGGGGCAGGACGCGCCUUUGCUCUGUCCGGGCUGUGCAAAGUCCCUGAGCCCCCACGCGAGCCAGACGCCGACAGCCAUGGCCUCCAGCUCCUGCCCGCCGUCCCCGCUACUCGCGCGGCUGCCGGAGGCCAUCCCCUGGGCACACAGGAAGCUAGAGAAAUACUUCCAGAGCCGGGCCUCCGGAGGCGGGGAGUGCUCUGUCCAGCCCGUGGGUCCCAGCGCCCCAGACACCUUCGAGGUGAAGUUCCUAGAAAGGGCAGCUAAGGAGAGAGUACUGGAACAGGGGGAGCACCAGAUGUUGAUUGAUGGCAAACCUGUGCCCAUUAUUCUGGAAACCAUUAAAAAGCCAGUAGAAGACCCAAGCUCCAGACCCCCAUCUUUGACACAGUCAUCAGCAGAGACACCCAGCUCCAGACCCCCAUCUUUGACACAGUCGUCAGCUGAGACACCCAGCUCCAGACUUCCAUCUUUGACACACUCUCUGGUUGAAGCACUGUCUGAUGAAGAGCCUGUUUCUAACUCUGCUGACUCUAUUGUCCAAAAGGUCUUUCUUGCUGUGACGGCUGAGCUGAACUGUGAACUGCUCUCCAGAGAGCAGAGGGCAUGCAUAGCUGCUGUCUGCCCUGGCAUCAGAAGCGUGGAGGGUGAUGACGGAAUUGCGAAGGUGUGUGGCAACUUCAGAGAUAUUGAGAAGAUACAUCACUUUUUGAGCAUGCAGCUUUUGGAAAGUGAGCAGAAACAGAAGUACCCCCCACAAAAAUACCCCACUUCUGAUGUGGAGAGAGAGCCACCCAACCAGCAAGACCAGGUCAGAGGCUUUUCCUCUUCGGAACCAAAAGCCAAGUUAGAAGAUGUUUUAAAGAACUGUUUUGAAGUUUCCGCGCUUCUCCUUGAAUAUUUCAGACAUACCUAUCCUGGUAGAAUACAGUCCAUAGAGAAAAAAUUUGGUGUAAACAUUGAAAUCCGAGAUAGUGCUCCCAAUAUGGUCUCUGUACGCUUUACAUCCAGACAAUCAGACAACUUACACUUCGAAGCAGCCUGUGAGUCUUUUGUCAAAGACUUUCAGAAAUGCACCCAGGCUCUGAAGCAAGAUUGUGUCUCUUUAGAGGACCCUCAGAAAGCAAAGGAACUCAGACAGGAGCUGAAGGGCUGCUUUCCAAAGCUCCUGAUAAAGGGGACAGGGGAAAUGCUAACUCUCCUGGGCUCUCAAGCUGACAUUUCCGCCGCCAAAGCAAAAGUCUCCCAAACUUCCCUCAAGACACCCGUGAAAAUAAUGGCGUCUGGUUACAAGACAGGGAUUGAAGUUGAUUCGACUCACUUUAAGCUUCUAAAACCUGAAUUGCUCCAGGAAAUCUCAGAGAUAGAGCAGAAGUAUAAUACUUGCAGCAAAAUCCAGGAGAAAGGCCAGAAAACCUGCAUCCUAUUUGACACCAAGGAUAAGGAGGUUGAUCUGUCUGUACACUCUUACGAAAGUUUCACUGACGCCUUCCAACAUGCCACGUGCCAGCUGAGGACAGACUUCCUGCCACUGAAACACUUGGGCAAGGGGAAAGCUCACUUACACAAGACCAAGUUUGUCGAUGACUUAAAAAAAAAGCACCCAAGUGUACACUUCGUGAUGUCUCAAGAGUCAAUGACUUUGAUUGGUUUGCCGAAUCAGCUUGCGCAGGCAAAGCAGUAUGUCUUCAAAAGGGUGGGACUGUCCCCACCGUCUGGAGAGAAAAUAAAUGGGGAUCAUGAAACACCCAUGGAUAUCGACAGGGAUGACUCACAUUCGGCUUUACCUCCUCUCAGAGGUUCUGCCAAUAGCUCUGGGGCCUCGAAGGAGAAGAGCGAAAAUGACUACUGUGCCAUCUGCAUGGAUACCAUUAGCAACAAGCAUGUGCUCCCUAAGUGCAAGCAUGAAUUCUGCACCCCUUGUAUCACCAAAGCCUUGUCAAUCAAGCCUGUCUGUCCUGUGUGUCAGAUUUCCUACGGUAUCCAGAAAGGGAACCAGCCAGAUGGAAUCAUGACUUUCAGCACUUUAAGACAGUCCCUUCCAGGCUAUGAAGACUGUGGCACCAUUGUGAUUCACUAUAAUAUGAAAAGUGGCAUCCAAACAAAUGAGCACCCAAACCCAGGAAAAUCCUAUCCUGGAACACAUCGAACAGCAUACUUGCCUAACAAUGAAGAGGGAAGAAAGGUCUUGGAUCUGCUCCACGAAGCCUUUAAAAAAAGGCUGAUUUUCACAAUAGGGUACUCUCGAGUAUCAGGAGCCUCGGAUGUUAUUACAUGGAAUGACAUCCAUCACAAAACAUCCACGUUUGGAGGGCCAGAAAAUUUUGGCUACCCUGAUCCUAAUUACCUGAAACGUGUCAAGGAGGAGCUGAAAGCGAAAGGAAUUGAGUAAUUGGAAUUGAAAGCACGGAGAAGAUGUCUGUCCACUUUCAAAAGAAGUGUGUCAGGAGGUUGUAUAGUACAGGCCUAAAUCUUUUUAGAAAACUAUAGCGUUUUUUUUUGUGUGUGUGUUAAGUAGAUGUAGUUUCUAUAAAAGCAGAAGUCUGCUUGCCAGUCAUUUCUCGAGUGUUACUGUUUCAUGGAAGGCAAAAUAUAAAGGGCAUGGGGAGGUCAUCCAUAAGGUGUGAAGACAUGAGCUCAGAGCAGCAGCAGCCAUGCAAAAGAAUCUGGUGUGAUGCCAUACGCUUGGAAUCUUAGCACCGGUGAGUGGAGACGGGAGGAUUCCUGGAGCAUACUGGCCAGCUAGUCUAGCCAAAACCAUGAGCUCCAGGUUCACUGAGAGA